GAAAGGUUUUCAUUCCCACAUGAAUUACGGAAAUCCUCCACCCUACUCGGACCCAGCCCCAACUGCCCCAUAUCCACCAUAUGUACAGCAACCUGCUGGGCCUCCAGGGCCGCAUCCACCCCCUAAUGCAGGGUAUCCGUAUCAAGGCUAUCCACAAUAUGGCUGGCAGGGCGGACCCCCUCCAGAACCUCCCAAAACCACAGAACCCUACGCUGCCUCAUCUGUGGACGAAUCCUCCCCAUCAAGCAGUCGUCCAGUGCAUCUGUAGUCAGAACAGACAUUCAGCAUCUAGUCUUCUCUGGAACAAAGACACCAAAGGACUUUUCUUGUAUGUGGUGGAAGACCAAAGACGAGAUGACACAGGCCAAGCUGCCUGCCUCACAGCUUGCUGGACUGCUCUCUGCUGCUGUUGCCUUUGGGACAUGCUAACUUGAACAGCCUCGACCUCCUUACCAGAAGGCUUUGUAUCCUCAAUCGAUGGAGUUCUGAGUCCUGAUCUCUUUCUACUGCUAUAAUGAAUGACAAGUUCUGCACACAUAUCUCAACUGCAGCAUAAUGGAAUCCUAGAUUAGAAGUGAUUUUUUGCUGUUUAAUUUAAUUUAGUGACAUGAUCUUUCUAAUGUUCAUUUUCUAAUUUUUUUGUCGUACUUUAACAAAUGUGCUAAAUGAUUUUUUUGGCCAAAGGCUUGAAUAUGAAAUUUAUAUUUAUCAUUUUAAAUUGUACUGUUCAUGGCAGUGGCAAAAUAUGCAACAAUACAAGCCACUGAAUGAUUUCUUUCCUAACUCAAUGUUUCAAUACUUCCUUGUCAAUAAAUUUUUCAAAAGUCC